GUCAAUGUCAAUUCUCUUAGCAAACAAAACAGAACAGCUGAUGAUUACUUGAUGAUCAUAAAUCAUAAUAAGUACACUUAAUUUUAAGACUAGACAUAUUGAUGAAGGCUGAAGCAAAAGCGUUAAGAAAUGCUCAUCCAGUUUCCAUAUCUCUAAUUUGUGUAAAGUGAUUCUGUCUUUCUUCGUCGGCAUGCCGCAACUGCGUUUGUAUUAGGAACCCACUAUAUUUUCAAAAUUACCACAAGAAAUUUAAAGUUACAUAUUAAACUGCAACCGCCUGCUGUGUUAAACAAACGAUUUAAUUUAUUUAGUACAUUAUAAGUAACAAGCAUAUUACAUUAUGCCUGAAGAUAAGAAAAAUCAGAAACGAAACGACCCUAAAGAUCAGCGUCGCCCACGAGGUCGCCGUAAUGAUGCACAAGUCACAGACAAGAAGGCAGAAAAAAAAUCUGAUGAGCCCAAGGAAGUACCGAAAGCUCCUGCUAAACCAACGUACCAAGAACCAGGGCCAGAAUUUUAUAAAAAUCUAAAAAGGGAAACAGAUGAGAUCCUUAAAAUCACAGAAGAAGAGAGUAACAAGUAUAAAAAGAAGGAGAUCCAGAGUAAUUGGUCUAAAUAUGAAAUGCCUAUUGACAGUUAUGAUGAAAUUGAGGAACAAGAAAAUAUGGGAGCAGAUUAUGAGAAACUUAUUGAAGCUCCCUUGGCAGUCGGGGGUCAUUUUCAAUUUAAGCACGAAAAAACAUGGGAAACAAACACUGGGCCAUCACCAUACGACAAAUAUUUCGAAAUAAACAUGGAUACCCUCAGCCUGGCUUUAUCUACCAUACCGUUCUAUGAAAGGAAUUCCAUAGACAAAUCAUUUUUUACUGAAACGGACAUAACGAAUAUGAAUAACAGAGCCACAAGGUAUAGACAAAAGUAUUUCAAUGAGAAUAAAUAUAAAAAUUGUAAUGAUAAAGAUACCGAAGAUAAUUCUCCGCAACAUGAAAUUCAACAAAAAAUUAUUAAUGAUCUUAUCAAGGAAGAUGACAAUGAUGAUAAUGCAGCACAAAAUACAGAAUCAGCUAGUGAUACAUUAAAAAAUGAGAAUCCUACAAACUCAGAGACAUCAAUGGAUAUUAUUGACUUAGAAUCAAAAGAGGAAAUAUCAAAAGAAACUGUAAUUUUGAAUAAUUCAAAACAAAUGGAGCCAACAAGUCAUAUAUGUCCUGUUGGUGUUAAAGUGAAAGAUCAUUCAAAUGAUAGUGAAGAUGACUUUAUUUUCGCAAAAAUUGAAAAACCAUUGACCAACCUUAAGACUGAAAAAGUACUGAAUGAAAUCAAAUUGUCAUCAGAAAUAACUGGAGAUGUACAAGACAAGAAUCCUGUAAUCGAAUCACCAGAAGAUCUUGAGAAGUGGCUUGAUGACUUUUUGGAUGGUUAAAAUUGAAUUAAGAGCUUAAAUUUAAAAAAAUAGAAAAAAAACCGGCAUCUAGCUUUAAAGACCAUUGCGAUUUAAAAAACCAAACCUAUCAACUGCAUAUUUUAAAUAACUUGAGUAAUACUACAAAUUAUCAUCGAUUUUUAUAUAUCUAAGUAGUGUUAUUAAACAAUGAGGACAAUAUUAAUUACAGAGCCGGACUUGGUGCGUAUGGGGGAAUGGGAUGGGACACGUGGUUGUUAUCGAUUUCCAAAGGCCAAAGGAAGAUAUUUUACCCAGAGUUCGGGUUGCGUUUGUUCAGCUCUAGCAGUUUUUUCAUUUUUAUUCGGUGACAGAGACCGCUAUGUAGUUCCACUUCUGUGAAAGUGCUGCUCGAAGUAUGCGCAGGGUCAAGUUUACGGCAUCAGAACACGUUGCUGUAGACUGUAGCGGCGUAUGACAUUGAGAGUGGUUGCUGCGAUGCGACGCUGGCUUGCAGUCGUGUUGAGCUGUGUUGGUUCGGAUGCUGUGACGUCAACAACGCCCUCAUGGUGUAAACUGCAGUUGUUUUGCGGCAUGUCACUGGUUUACGUAAUGUAACGGACACUGGAGAGAUUGUCUGGCCGGUAGACCAACUGUUCGAACAUUGCUAUACGAAACUUGUACCAAAACUUAUUGCAACUGUCAUUAGCCGAAAAGUACUGCUAUAACUUAACACAAUAUUAAAAAGAAUAAAGGAUUGAAGUUUAAACAAUAUAACAUGAAUUUACAAAUAUCGAUUUUAAUUAAGAAUUCGUGGCAAGCAACUGCUUAAAUCUGUUGAAUAUUAAUAUGUUAUAUAGCAGCUAACACUUCGCAACGCCGACAAAAAAUUGUAAUUGCAAACUUUUUUGAAAACUUUAUUUAUUUAUAAAUUCGCUGUAUUUUUUUCCUUUAAAUAAUAAUAAAAUUACAGGUUUCAUUUAUAACCAGGCUUAUUAAGCACUAGACAUACUAUUUAAUUUUUAAUUAAUAAAUCAGAUUUUGCUUUUUAUUUUCAUUAACUAAGCUGGAAAAUAUCGCGUCGCAGCGAUAUCUGCUAAGAACUAUAAAGCAAAAACUGCAUGCUAGGUUACAUUGUUCAUGCCCCUGGCAACACUUUCUAUUGACUUUGUAUUGAAUCGUUUUGCUAAAAAUUUGUACAUAAAUGAAGAUUGAAUACAUACUUACUUUUGAAAUUAGAUGGUCGAGGUUCGUAGACCCUGUUUCUAUUAAAAAUUCUAAUACACUAACAAUAUAUCAAAUUAAAACAUGUCCUCUGAAUAGAGCUAACUUGACGUAUAACGAAUAAAGCUUAUUAAUGAUACACUUUUUUGGAAGAAGAUCUACGGCCACCUUCAAGAUUUUGGAUUUAUAAAUAACAUUUAUUAAAAUUAUGAACUGCAUAGGUACAUUAAUAUAUGUAUUGCUAAAUUACAAAAAAAAGCGUGCAAUAUUUAAAAAACUUUAUAAUUCCGAAAACCCCCUCUUUUCAUCAUCGCGUAUAAUUCAUCAUAUUUUAUUACCAACACUUUAUUUUAAUGAAAAUUAACAAACGAACACAUGCAAUUAAAAAUGGCAAAACUAUGAAAAGGUAAGCUAUGAAGAUCUUAGAUUAGGUAAUAAAUAAAAUACGAAUCUCUUGUAUUUAAUAUAAACCAGUACAUUUUUAUAUAUGUGUGAUACUACAUUUCAUUUCAAAUAAAUAAAAUGGCUAUGAA